CUUCUUCUUACGCCGGCGUCUUCAUAAAUGAGCAUAGAUGCUAUCUCGAUUCAAACCUCUUCACACCAUCACACUUAGAGUACAAAGCAUCAAGCCUCCACUUCAUACUCUGAGAAUAGCACAUCCAACAAACACUUCUUACUCCCUCAUACAGUUAUCGACAAUGAGUACAAGCGCAAAACGAUCCGCUCCAUCAUCGCCCUCAAAAGCGGAAAAGGUGAUUAAGAAAGUAGCCCGAGAACCCGAGUUUGUUGAAGAUGAAUUUGGGGAUGAUGGAGAGUUCGAUGCAGAAGCAUUAUUGGAUGCCACAAUGGCAGCAGAGAAAGAUGAAGAAAUUCGAGUAAGAAGUAGUCAAGCUUCAAGUACGACUACACCCAGUAAAGCAAACGGAGCUGCUAACAGUCAAACGAAUGGAAUCGCCAGCAGUCAAACUAGCAUACCCUCCAAAUCACCUGCCAGUACUCCGUCAAAACAGCCCACUUCUAGCUUAAGCACAACAUCAGCUUACCUCACACAUGGAGAUCCACGAGUAGAAAAAGAGACAAUGGAUCCAGAAUGGUACGAGCGACUAUCCGGAGAAAUGGAAAAGGACUACUUUAAGAAAUUGAAGCAUUUUUUACAAGGAGAAGUACAAUCGAAGAAGACAAUCUAUCCACCCGCUCAAUUGAUUCAUAGCUGGUCUAGAUUGACACCUUUGAGUACGGUCAAGGUUGUCGUCGUUGGGCAAGAUCCGUAUCAUGGUCAAAACCAAGCUUGUGGACAUAGCUUUUCCGUUCCGAAAGGUAUUGCCGUUCCUGGAAGCUUGAAGAAUAUCUACAAAGAACUGGUAGAAGAGUAUGGAAGUGGCUUUGUGCCUCCGAAGCAUGGAUGCCUUGACGGAUGGGCAAAACAAGGUGUACUUUUACUCAAUGCAUGUCUGACAGUAGAGGCUCACAAAGCCGGAUCACAUCAUAACAAAGGCUGGGAACCAUUUACUCAAACGAUCUUACGUGCAAUCGCAGAAGAUGCUGCAAAAGGGCCAAAAGCCUCUGUAAAGACGAGCACGAUUGCGAAUAUGUUUGGUAAAGCAGCAGAGAAGCAAGGUGUUAAACCUGCAAUCGUAACGCCUUCUUCAUCCAAUACGGCAAAAUCUUCCUCGGAUGAUAGUUCACAGUCAUCAUCAUCAAAAGGCGUUGUGUUCUUAGCAUGGGGAUUACCAGCUGCAAAAACGUUGGCAGAAGCGGGAAUCACUGAGAAAUCAUCCAAUAUUCUCCUUCUAAAAUCUCCACAUCCCUCUCCACUUUCAGCACAUCGAGGAUUUUUGGGAAAUGGUCAUUUCAAGAAAGCCAACGAAUGGCUUGAGAGUGAGAGUCGUUAUGGAUCAGGAGGUGGGAUUGAUUGGACUAAAUUGUGAUAAUGUAUAGUAAGAUAGAGUCAAAAGUGCUUGCAAUACCAUCUCUUGCAUUGAUGACCAUGAAAUUAUGAGGUCAC